CGACACCUCACUCGUCAAAAUCAUCUUUUCCGCCACAACAAGCCAUUUUUAAAAGCACGCUAAACCUCCUCCUACUUCCUCUCCCUCUCCAUUUUUCUCUACUACAACAAAAAUCAUGGCUUCGGAACCCUCAAUAACCGCCGCCUCAGAAACCCAAGCCUCAGUCGAAGUCACCACUACCUCUCAUGACGUAACCGCCGACUCCACCUGCAAUGACAACAAUGGAGAAACUUCAGACCCAGAGAAGUCUCUGGAUUUCGCUGUUGAGUUAUUAGAGAAAGGAUCUACGGCGCUUAAAGAAAAUGACUUCAGUGAAGCCGUAGAAUGCUUUAGCCGUGCCCUUGAAAUCAGGGUUUUGCAUCAUGGUGAGCUUGCACUUGAAUGUGUGAAUGCAUACUAUCAUUAUGGACGUGCACUGUUGUAUAAAGCGCAAGAGGAGGCUGAUCCGUUGGGUAUGGUGCCUAAGAAGGAUAGUGAAUCUAAACAAAAUGAUGAUAAAGAUGCAGCUUGUAAGAAUGUUUUAAAUGGAGAAUCUUCGACUACUUCUGCUUCUAGUAAUGUUGGAGAAGAUGGGGGUUUUAAUCAUCCAGAAGCUUCUGAUGGGAAAGAUGAAGAAGAAGAUGAUGAGGGAAGUGAUGAUGAUGACGACCUUGCUGAUGCAGAUGAAGAGGAAUCUGACCUUGAUUUGGCAUGGAAAAUGCUAGAUGUUGCAAGGGCAAUUGCAGAAAAACACCCUGGUGACACAAUGGAUAAAGUUGACAUACUAUCAGCACUGGCAGAAGUUGCGUUGGAAAGAGAGGAUAUUGAAACAUCUCUCAGUGACUACCAGAAGUCACUAUCCAUUUUAGAAAGGCUUGUUGAACCAGACAGUAGACAUUUAGCUGAACUAAAUUUUCGGAUAUGUUUGUGUCUGGAGAUUGGCUCUAAGUCCCAGGAAGCAAUCCCAUAUUGCCAGAAGGCUAUAUCAGUUUGCAAGGCACGGUUGCAGCGACUCAUCAAUGAACUAAAGAGUUCUGGAGAAUCAGCCACAACACCAGCUAUUUCUGAAUUAGACGAGGGUGUCCAGCAGUUGUCUAACAUGCAGGCUGAUAAAUCUGUGACUGAUAAAGAAGCAGAGAUUGAAACGCUUACUGGCCUGUCUGGGGAGCUGGAAAAGAAGCUUGAAGAUCUACAACAGCUGGUCCUGAACCCAAAGUCCAUUCUCUCAGAAAUCCUGGGAAUGGUAGCUGCUAAGGGAAAGGGAGGCGAGAAGAGUGUUUUUCCAACUGCCAUGAACUCUUCUCAGAUGGGUACUGCUACUAGCAGUGGAGGUUUUGACUCGCCAACCAUUUCCACUGCUCACACAAAUGGGGCUUCUGGAGUCACAGAUCUUGGUGUCGUCGGAAGAGGAGUUAAGCGAGUUUUGACCAGUACAGGUUCGACUGGAUCAAGCCCAGUGAAGAAACCUACUCCUGAUCCCUCGUCAGACAAAGGGGAUGGAAAAACCUUUUAGUGGUUCUGAAUUUAAAUGGUCAGUGAUUUGAUGAUCAUAGUGCAAGCUGCUAAAGAUUCUAGCACUAUCAAAUAUAACCAUUCAAAUAUCGAUGUCAUGGGUCCUUGAGAGCUGCUGGAUUGGUCCUACUUGGUGACUGCUGUAUAGAGCAGUGUUAAUGCGCUAUCUGCCAUGUAGGUGGCAGUAACUUUCCUAUAUUAUUUCUGUGAUAUGACUUUGGAGAGCAAUACUCUUUUAGCAUCUUGUAAAAGCUUUGCCUAUAUUUCAGUUAUACUAACACACUUCAUUAAUUUUGGGAAGAAAUGGACCGUUUUAAUCCA